ACUGUCCCAAACAAGAGGGAGAGAAAAACAGUUUUCCGCACAAAGGAGCGUAAAAUAGUCUUGCUGUCUCCUUCCAUCUCCACUCCGGCGCCGAUCCUCUUCCUGUCCGCUCAGGCGACAGUCCUGAUACAGACCAUGGUUUCACCUGUCACUGUGGUGAAGAGUGAGGGCCCAAAGCUGGUGCCCUUCUUCAAAGCCACCUGUGUGUACUUUGUGCUGUGGCUGCCCACCUCCAGCCCCUCCUGGUUCAGUGCCCUCAUCAAAUGUCUGCCCAUCUUCUGCCUCUGGGUGUUCCUGUUGGCCCAUGGCAUCAGCUUUUUAGGAGCCCACUCCAACGCCCGGAAAAUCCUCGCAGGACUCAUAUUCUCUGCUCUCGGAGAUGCUUUUCUGAUCUGGCAGGAGCAGGGCUACUUCAUCCAUGGGCUGCUGAUGUUCGCCGUCACCCACAUCCUCUACUCCUCUGCUUUUGGGAUGAAACCACUUAAUCUACUGGCAGGCCUGGUUAUAGCCACCAUAUCAGGCCUUUGCUACACCCUCCUCUACCCCUACCUGUCUGCACCCUUCACAUACCUGGUGGCUGUCUACAUCGCUCUUAUUGGCUUCAUGGGCUGGAGGGCCAUCGCCGGCGUCCAGCUGACCAACGACCUGUGGACCUGGACGAAACUGUCUGCCUGCUUGGGAGCCGUUCUCUUCAUGGUGUCUGACCUCACCAUCGCCGUCAACAAGUUCUGCUUCCCCGUGCCACACUCGCGGGCCAUCAUUAUGGCCACGUACUAUGCGGCCCAGAUGCUGAUCGCCCUGUCGGCUGUGGAGUGCCAGGAUGCUGACGUGGCCAGAAAGAGAGUAAAGUAAACGCCACUCAGGCCCCCCUACAUGCGACUCCCCUGGGGGCUAGUUAGGCACAGACAGAGGACACCACACCUCCCCCCAUGCAGUCUCCCCCUUUGUCUAAAGCUCGUCCCAUCAGAGGAGAACAGGUGCAGUCAGACAUGCGGCACGGAAACCCAAUCUUUAGCGAGGAGCUGUGAGUGGGCGAGGAGAUGCAGGACAACAGAGGGGCAGAAGGUUCCCUUUCCAUCUGGCCUCAAACUCCCAGGAGGCCUCUUUCUACCCCCUGCACUGCUGAUCGGUUUACCCCCUCUAUCAACACACUUACUGUUCCUUCUUUUGUGUGUAGAGACAAAGGGGAUGUAGGAGAAAGCACUACGAACGCAGUAUUGAUGACUUUGUGUGUUUGGGGAUAUCUGUGCUGGUGCUGAGAGAAAAUGUAAGGCAUCAGCAGAGAGAGAGAGAGAGAGUGCAAGUCAGUAACACUUGACUAGCACAUGCCCUUGUCCUAAGCACAAGAGAAUGUAGAGCUGUAUAUGCACUUUUUUGUUUUUGCUUCCCCCUAAUAUGCCCUUUCUCUACCGCUCUGUGUAAUAUGGUCACUUUUGAUACUCAGCAGAUAGUUUGCAUUUAUAAUUCAGCUGUCUGUUUUCUUGCAGUUCACCGUAGAGGGUGAUUUAAAUACAUUGUGAUAAACACUGAUAACUCUUAAAGCUCCUACACAUGGAGCCUACACUCUUAAAAAGAAAGGUGCCAAAAGCGGUUCUGUGGAGUGAUGCCAUAGACAAACCACUUUUGUUUCCAUAAUCCAGAAUCUUUGGUAAAGCUUUACUGUAGGGCAGUGUUCAUAAGGCUGCAUGAGCCCUACUUAAGCUCAUCAGGACAACUGGUGUAAACCUCAUAGACAUUCAUAAAGGCUUUUUCAUGACAACAGGCCUAAAUCUACAUGAACAUUCGUAAAGGCUAGUGACAUCACUUAUUUCUGUCAUUGGGUUUUGUCAUGACACUUUCUUGGGUAAAAAGACAUAACGUGUUAUAACAGCUGACUCUUGGCCUUUUAGUGACAUAAGGCAAGGCAAGGCAAGGUUAUUUAUACAGCACCUUUCAUACACAGCAGUCAUUGAAAGUGCUUUACAAAUGAUGAAAUACAAAGAUAAUUC